CUUUUAGAAAGGUCUCUUGGGGCGUAUUUAUGUGUAACCCAACUGCUUCUGUAAGCACUGAGGGGUAUUUUCAGCACUUGACUAGACUUCUGUCUACAACCAUCCUGUGACUUACAGCUAAACGGUUGUGGUGUAAAUGUGGUCCUACAAGUGCUGGGGAAAAUGGCUGUAUCGCUUACUAUCGAUUACUAAACAAAAAGAUGGGUCCAACUGCUCUAUCUGACAGCCUAACAUGCAGCACGGCACUCAGUAUAUGUGGGGGAAGAAACGGUUUUCUGGUUUACAUGUAUGUGUAAAUGUCUAGAAAAGCAUAAUCAAUAUAUAUUUUUAGAAUCUAUUAAUCAUAACUGUACAUUACUUUGAAAUAAGGGAAUAAAUGCAGGCACUAGACAGGAAUGAGACUAGAAAUGUCAAUGAUUUAUAUGUCAAUUAAAUGCCUCUUGUACCUCAGUGACUUAUUAAAACAUGAAUCUUUUUUAUUUUUUGUAGUUUGUUUUUUGCUUUGCCCUAGGGUUGAGCUGCUUUUGUCUGCAGCCACAUCUACUUUGUAAAUCAAUUGCCUUUCUCUUUGCAAAACUCUCGGUAUAGCAAAGAGACGAGACUAAUUCUUUACAGCAGGGUGUACAAAUUUCUGCCUGCAGUGUGGAAGAAUGGUUCAUUCUGAAAUGUCUGUUACCCUGCUGUUUCGCUAACAACAAAACCUAGUGAUGCGUGAAAGGUACUUGAGCAGCUUAUAAUAUAGGCAUUAAUACUGAAACGUGCAAUAAAAGCGUCUCCGUCUGUACGAAGGAAGGGUUUCCAGUAGCAUGGGCAGCCUUGCGAAGGCUGUCGGAGCAGCAGAAGGAUCCAGGUGUCAGUACUAAUCUUCAGUUAGAAACUGCUCUCUACGCCAGUUUUCUCCCAUCGCAAAAGAAGAUGGAAAACUGUUGGAAAAGAUACAUCUAAAUAAAUCAGCGUUAGCUCUUGCAAAAGGAAACCAUCUAAGGCAGGAGAAAAACAUUAUCACCCAACCUGCGCACGAUGUGUCAGGUGCAGUCAGAUGUUUGCAGAAGGAGAAGAAAUGUAUCUUCAAGGUACAUCCAUUUGGCAUCCCGUUUGUAGACAGGCUGCAAAGGCUGAAGAAAAAAACAAGGAAACAAGGACUUCCUCUGAGAGUAUUAUUUCUGUACCUGCUUCAAGUACAUCAGGUUCCCCAAGCCGUGUGAUCUAUGCAAAGCUUGGAGAUGAAAUUCUUGACUACAAGGAUUUGGCUGCUCUUCCUAAAAAUAAAGCCAUCUAUAACAUUGACCGCCCUGAUAUGAUCUCCUAUUCUCCAUAUAUCAGUUACUCCUCAGAUGACAGGCAUAGUUACGGGGAGUCACCUCAGUUGCUCUCUCCAACAACUACUGAGGGUGACCAAGAUGACAGAUCUUUCAAGCAGUACAGGACAUCAAGUCCUAGCUCUGCUGGCUCGCUGGGCUGUGGUCGCUACACUCCAACCUCCCAUUCCCCUCAGCAUUACAGCAGACCAGCUGGUACUCAGAGUCUUGGUACCAGUAGCUGCAUCUCCCUGCCCCAACACCCAAGCCCUACAUCUACAUUCAGACAUCAUUACAUCCCUUUCUUCAAAGGCAGUGAAAGUGGUCGGAGCACUCCAAGCUUAUCCAUGUACUCAGACAGCAAAUCUUCACCUUCUGUCUAUCAGCAGGCUCCUAGGCAUUUCCAUAUUCCAGACACUGGCGUAAAAGAUAACAUCUAUAGGAAACCUCCUAUCUACAAACAGCAUGCAACAAGAAGAUCAGAAGGAGAGGAUGGAAGCUUGGAUCAGGACAGUAAGAAGCUAAAGACCAGUUGGCUUAUUCUGAAAGGCGAUACGGACACCAGAACCAAUUCCCCGGAUUCGGACACACGGUCUCUGUCUCUUACUGCUGGAAGCGACAGAGAAAACUUCCAGAGGGCGCAGGAGGGCACGACCGCCAGCUACUCCCGAUUUCCAUAUUCUAAAUCUGCUUCUCUACCUGGCUAUGGAAAGAAUGGCUUACAUCAGCCUGAAAGUAUGGGCCAAUAUGAAACAGACCAAGAGUCGAGCUGGGGGAUGAAAGAAUACAAGGUAAGAAGGGCUUUUCCAACACUGGAAGAACAAUCAGAUUCAGCACUUCCUAGCAAGAUUUAUCCUUAUGAAACACUUAUUGUAACAAACCGAGUUCGUGUGAAAUUGCCUAAGGACGUGGACAGGACCAGGCUGGAGAGGCAUUUGUCCCCUGAAGAGUUCCAGGAAGUCUUCAAAAUGAGCAUUGAGGAAUUUGAUCGUCUGGCACUUUGGAAGCGGAAUGACCUGAAGAAAAAGGCCCUGCUUUUCUAGCCCCUCCUGGAUAAACUAUGUGCUUAAUCAAAACAAAAAUAGUCUUGCCAGAACUAUCACAUGCACUUGCUGUUGAACCAUUGUCCAGCUUCAUUGUGUUAGUAUGUGUCGGGGGAAACAGGACAGAUUAGAUGGCGAUGUGUUGGAAUACAGAGAAUUUGCUAAUCUUGUAUGACCAGAUGGUUUUGUCAGUAACUCCUGGUCCUACCCAGUUUACAACGUGCAAAAAAUCUAGCUUUAAAUUUAUUGUUGCUUGCAGUUAUUGCUUGAUGCAAACGGAAAUUAUGAAAGGAAGAGAAAAAGUGUAGCUGUGACAAAGGAAAUGCAUCCAACAUUUUGUUCCACUAAGUUUUACAACACAAUUCUUACAAAAUCAAGUAAGUAAUGAAUAUAAAAUUCUCCAAUGGGGGAUCACAUGCUAUUAAAAAUAUGGUAAAAGCCAAAGAAAAGCAUGUCCGCAAGCAAUUAUUGCAAUUGUUUAUGUGUGGUACUUUUUAAGAAUGAAAGCAAAAAUAUGGAAGCACCUUAAUUCUACUUCUUCUACUUUAGACACAGCCUGCUCUCUAAAAGGUCAUAUUUGUCUAGAAGGUAACUAGCUAUCUUUAAUUACAACACAAGAGUUUUUAUUUUAUUAAGAAUAUAUUGUGACAUAAAACAGUUAUAAUGACUAAAAUGUAUACAGACCUGCUUAAAAAUUUAGUCCCAUUCAUCAGGAAAACUGAAGCCUUAUACAAAACUGGUUUAAAGAGUGUAUUGUGCCAGUUAACUGUGUUUUCCUACUAGUUUGGGGUCUUUGGAGAACUUUUUUUCUACAUUUCAUGCUGAUAAAAAUAUCAUGUAAUCUUAAUUAUAUGUAGAUAGAUACAUCUAUCUAUAAAAUAAUUAUUUUCAUUAAUAAUACUUUCCUAAGUAAGACAUUCUUAUUUUCUCCACUUCCUGGCUUUACACAGUAAGCCAUGAGAACUGUGAUGGCAACUGGUAGGUGUGAAAAUGGAACAGUUCAGCAUAAAAUGUAACAAAAAAAGCUUGGUGUGCUCUAUCAAUAAUACAUCCGAUUAUAAUCAAAUAUAUAAAACCCUCAUGCACUACUAUUUGCAUGUUUCUAUACAAAUCAAUUUUUAAAAAAACCUACAUGAUACUGGUGCAGUACCUUGAUACUAUCUUAAAUAACAAGAAAAGCUAACAAAAUCUAAGUGUUUGAUAUGAGCUUAAUAUCUCUUCCAGCUGAAAGACUGUAUUAAAUUUAAUAAUUUCAUAUGGUCAGAAGUACGGUUGCUGACAAAGAAUGUUUUAAAGUGAGUUGCUAGUUUUGUGUGAUACUAAAAGAGCAUUACAAAAACUACAUUUUUCAGCCAUGUGUCACUAUUCUGCAUUUUUACUGCCUUGAAUGUUUGUACUUACUUCCUACUUCACUAUGUCUUUUUGCAUUUCCUUAAAGUAACCGGUUAAUAUAUGCACUACAACACACUGUUUCAACUGACCCAGCAUUGGAAAAACCAUAGCAUUGAACACGCCUUCUUCCAACUAACUUUCCAGAUCCAUGCUGUUGGAAAUAAAUAUUUUCUCAUGACUUAAAUGUUUUGUCUGAUGAUACAAAUGUUUAAAAAAAUUCAUUAAAACAAAGGUAUAACUGAA